ACCACAAAAAUAUUGAAUCCGCUUUAAUUGAAGUGAUUAAAGUAGUAUAUAGUCAAGGUAUCAAAAAAUAUGACAAAUUAAGAGCAUCAUAUGUAAACUAUCUUAAAAUAUUACAGCAAAAAAGAGAUCUAGAAGAUCAUGUUAGAUAUGUUGCAAAACAACGUAGCCCAAAUGAGGAAACUUAUAAUGAAAGAAUGGCAGAUUUCAAGGAUUGA